AUGGCCUCCUCAGAGGUCGACCAGAAAUUCCUCGGCAGACUAGCGAGAGCCGUUGAGCCUAACAAUGUGCUCCUUUCGUCCAUGUUGUACAAGAUCCUCGGCCUGUCCAUCACCUUGGCAGAGCAGACAGUCAAGGCCCGAAAGCAACGCAAGUUAGACACGACAAGAGAGACACAGUCCUUGGAACUAUACUUCCACAUUAUCUGGCUCUCGCGUGAAGGCUUGAUCAUGCUAGAACAGUACGUUCUGCCGAUGGUUGGAGAUUACGUAGAGCUGAAGGUGCUCGCGUACAAGCUCCGAGCCUCAUUCUACCACAUUUUCGUCCUGUUUCACAACAAGCCUGCAGUAUCCGCGAUGGGCGUAAGCGACUCGACGGUCAUCCCUGACAUACCACCAAUACCGCGGCUCGACAAGGGAAAGGGCGUCGACCGAGGUGACAGCAUUCCGGAAACCGCGCGUUCAUCCUUACAACCCACGCAUCCCCUGGAGGGAGGUCCGGUGGGUCCGGUAGGUCCGGUAGGGCCGCCUCCGGGCUUUGGGCCGCAACCACCAGUACCUGCGGCAGCAUUCUUGCUUCCCUCGGCCGAUUACCGACUGACAGCUCACCAGUGCUUCAAGGACGCUGUAGAACUAGCCGAUGGUAUGCUCUGGGGCUCACAUUCCUUGCGACUAUCCGUCAGGACCGAGUAUGCAGCGUUCCUCUACGAGUGCCUACACGACCAGGAGGGUAGCCGAAAGUUGGCGAAGGAGACAAUCGCCGGCGUAUACGAUGCGUCGGAGGGCAUGGAUGACGACAUGUUCAACGACGCGUGCGAUCUAGUCACGGUUCUGGGCAAGAUGAUGAAGAGAGGGCUUGGAUCCAGCAAUACGUUACGAACCAGAGGGGCUAGCCCGGCGACGCAAGGAACAUCACAGGCAGACAGCGUCGCCACGGCCGUUCCGGCUGCAGGGAUGGAGAACCCAAUAUGA